AUGAACAUGGGUGGUAGUAGUAGCGCUGCUACUAAAAAAGCAACAUGUAAAAUAUCGAUGUUGUGGAAUUGGUACACGAUUGAUACCUGCUUUAUUGCUAGAUCCUGGAGAAAUGAUACGAAGGGGAAAUUUGCGGGUUCUUGUAUCGGUUGUUUUGCCCUGGUGGUCGUCGCACAAUGGCUUACUCGUUUUUCAAGACAAUUUGAUGUUGAACUCUUAAGAAGACAGAAAAUAAAGCAUUUGGCAAACUACUCACCAGAAGAGUACGUUGUAAAAUGUGGCGAUGAAGAUGCCAAGUCUGAUAUGGAGGAGCUGCAAGGGUUUCAUAACGAAGCUAGCUGGAAAACAACCUUGAUCGCUCUACAAAAGAGUUUUAUCUACAGUUUUUACGUUUGGGGCCCAAGAGGAUUAAAUAAUCCUGAAGAUGAUUUAUUAAAGAAAGUCCUAUCAUGUUGUUCUUUAGUAACUCCCGUAGAAUUGUACCCCAGCUUUUUGGAUCAUAUGGUAAGAGUAACCAUUUUCGUCCUACAAUGGGGAUUGUCAUAUAUCAUCAUGCUGCUGUUCAUGUAUUAUAACGGCUAUAUUAUCAUCAGUUGUUUGAUUGGUGCUAUAGUUGGUCGUUUUAUAUUCUGCUACGAACCUCUUGGUUCUAUGGGUGGAGGAGAAUCGGCUCAAAGCACUGUUAGUUACGACAAAGAAAGCGAUGACCGUAAAUGCUGCUUGUAA